ACGCCGCCCUCCACCCCUCCAAAACCCAAGCAAACCCUAGAUCCGCCGCGUUCCCCUCGAACUCCGGUGACCCCCCCCCCCCCUACCCCACCUGUAACCGACGCGGCCGCAACGAUGCCGAACCUCGAGUGCCGGAUGUACGAGCCGCGGUUCCCGGAAGUGGAUGCCGCGGUGAUGAUCCAGGUCAAGCACAUCGCCGACAUGGGCGCCUACGUCUCCCUCCUCGAGUACAACAACGUUGAGGGCAUGAUCCUCUUCUCCGAGCUGUCCCGCCGCCGUAUCCGUUCCAUCUCCUCCCUCAUCAAGGUCGGCCGCCAGGAGCCUGCCAUCGUGCUCCGUGUCGACCGCGACAAGGGAUACAUCGACCUCUCCAAGCGCCGUGUCUCCGAGGAGGAGGCGCGCUCGUGCGAGGACAAGUACAACAAGUCCAAGCUCGUGCACUCCAUCAUGCGCCACGUUGCCGAGACGCUCGAAAUCGACCUCGAGCCCAUCUACCAGCGCAUCGGCUGGCCACUCUACCGCAAGUACGGACACGCCUUCGAGGCCUUCAAGCUCAUAGUCGCCGACCCUGACGCCAUACUCGAUGUCCUCACCUACGAGGAGAAGGAGACCGGUCCUGACGGCCAGGAGGUGAUUAACGUGGUGCCUGCUGUGACCCCGGAGGUUAAGGAGACUCUGGUCCAGAACAUAAGGAGGAGGAUGACCCCACAGCCACUCAAGAUCCGUGCUGAUGUUGAGAUGAAAUGUUUCCAGUUUGACGGGGUGCUUCACAUUAAGCAAGCCAUGAGAAAAGCUGAAGCUGCUGGUAAUAAUAAUUGUCCUGUGAAGAUUAAGCUAGUUGCUCCUCCUCUUUAUGUUCUGACUACACAAACUCUUGACAAGGACCAAGGAAUCUCAGUUCUCACUGAUGCAGUUAAAGCCUGCAUGACAGAGAUUGAAAAACAUAAGGGGAAGUUAGUGGUGAAAGAAGCGCCAAGAGCUGUGAGUGAGCGAGAAUCCAAGCUAUUGGAUGCCCAGUUUGAAACCUUGGUUGAGCAAAAUGCUGAGGUUGCUGGUGAUGAUGAUAGUGAGGAGGAGGAUGAAGGAAUGGGUGACAUCGACGUUUCAAAUUCUGGUGUCCAUGCGGAAUGAGUCUUCGUUAGUUGGUUUCGAUGAGAUUUUGUUGUAUAGCACCAGCCAAGAUCCUAAAUCAAGCUAUUUAAAAGCCCUUUGAAUUCAUUGGCAGUGAAAUCUUCAGUUUUCAUCUGCCAGUGCUGGGUUUUACUCUGAUUAAGCAAACACCUAAUUUUUCCUUGGGAGUGAGACGUAGUUCCUGUGCUAUACAACAAUUGUUUUUGUGCCCAAUUUUGCUGGUGUUCGUUACUACACAUGCGAAAAUUGAACAAUUGUUUCUUGUGCCCAAUUAUGCUGGUGUAAAUUACUAUACAUGGACAAAUUUAUCUUAUGCUACUGCAUCGCGCUUUUGGCCGUA